GUAGUUUCUUAAAACUUUGGGGGCCUAAAUGAACAUCUAAAAGACAGAAAUAACCAGUAAAGAAAAGAGCUGUAUUUCACAUGGGAUGCUGUUUUUAGCUCUUUUCUUUCUCUCUCUUAAUUCAACCGACAAUUAUGAGCUUUGAAUCAUAAACUUAAAUUAUUAAACAAUACAAUGAAGAAAUUAAUUCUUCUUUCUUCUUUCCCUUUUUUUUCCUUAUAAUUUUUUUUCUUUUUUCAUUUGGAGCUUGGGAAAUUAUGGCUGAUGAUAAGGAGAUGUCUGCUCCUGUUAUGGAUGUGAAUGGUGCAGUCACUGGCCAUAUAAUUUCUACUACCAUUGGAGGAAAAAAUGGUGAGCCAAAGCAGACAGUCAGUUACAUGGCUGAACGUGUCGUGGGGACUGGAUCAUUUGGAGUUGUUUUUCAGGCAAAAUGCCUGGAAAAUGGGGAGACGGUUGCGAUAAAGAAAGUUUUACAAGAUCGUAGAUACAAGAACCGUGAACUGCAGUUGAUGCGCUCUAUGGAUAACCCAAAUGUUGUUUCUUUAAAGCAUUGCUUCUAUUCAACCACUAGUAAAAACGAGCUUUUUCUCAAUUUAGUCAUGGAAUAUGUACCGGAAACUAUGUACCGGAUGUUGAAGCACUACAGCAAUGCAAACCAAAGAAUGCCACUCAUCUAUGUCAAGCUUUACACAUACCAAGUAUUUAGGGGGCUGGCGUAUAUGCACACGGUUGCUGGCGUUUGCCACAGAGAUUUGAAACCACAGAAUAUUUUGGUAGACCCUGUUACUCACCAAGUGAAAAUUUGUGAUUUUGGAAGUGCCAAAGUGCUGGUUAAAGGUGAAGCGAAUAUCUCAUACAUCUGCUCACGAUUUUAUCGGGCUCCUGAACUCAUAUUCGGUGCAACGGAAUAUACUACCUCUAUUGAUAUCUGGUCGGCCGGCUGUGUCCUUGCAGAGCUUCUCCUAGGCCAGCCAUUAUUUCCUGGAGAAAAUGCUGUCGAUCAGCUUGUUGAGAUAAUCAAGGUACUUGGAACACCAACGAGAGAGGAAAUUCGCUGUAUGAAUCCAAAUUAUACUGAUUUUAGGUUUCCUCAAAUUAAAGCACACCCUUGGCAUAAGGUAUUCCACAAACGGAUGCCACCUGAAGCAAUUGACCUUGCUUCACGGCUAUUACAAUACUCACCAAGUCUUCGUUGCAAUGCACUUGAAGCAUGUGCACAUCCUUUCUUUGAUGAGCUUCGAGAACCCAACGCACGCCUUCCCAAUGGCCGGCCAUUGCCGCCUCUUUUCAAUUUUAAGCAGGAGUUAGCCGGUGCCUCUCAAGACCUCAUUAACAGGUUGAUACCAGAUCAUAUAAAAAAGCAAAUGGGCCUGCAUCUUUUCACAACCUGCAAUGACAUGAUUACGUGAACUUUAUGUUUAGUAAAGUAUACCGGUUGAUGAUCUAUAUAUGACGAGAUCCGAGUUAUGUUCUACCCCAACGGACUCCACCAUGACAAGCUGCAUCUCCUUGUCGACGAGGACAAAGAAAAGGGUUGCUGUGUAUUUUAGUUCUUGAUCGUGGUAUUUUUUUUCGUCUACUUGUAGCGGCCUACUAGCGAAAAGGAAGUUCUUUUUUGUACAUGUUUGGUAGUAGUAAAUUGACCAGAAAGCUCCCAAAAGAUGACAAAUGAAAUGUAUGAAGAGUAUCAAGAAAUUAAGGGGCUGUCCUCUUGUGAAUUUGAUCUGUGUUUUCUUUGUAUUUAGUGUUGUAAUACUUUCUGCUAACAUUUGUUCCUUUAAGAAACGACAUGCAAGCAAAUGAUGGUUACUGUAUGAGCUUAAAA